GAGGUGAACCAUCCACAUGUAUAUAUACCUGUGUGUAUAUAUCGAUCGAGGCGUCGGUUGCCACUCCUUGAGUCUCGCCAGAAAUUCCGUGGUUUCUUCUUCAUCACCUUUCUGGUCGAGAUCUUUCUCUUUUUCGAACACGCAAUCUUCUAAUUGAUCCCGAUCCGGAAUAAAAAUUUAUCUCCAGUAUGACUACUUACACGCCAAAGAACAUCCUUAUCACUGGAGCAGCUGGCUUCAUUGCAUCUCAUGUUGCAAAUCGGCUCAUCAGAAGCUACCCUGAUUACAAGAUUGUCGUGCUUGACAAGCUUGAUUAUUGUUCAAGUCUCAAGAACCUCAACCCCUCCAGAUCAUCUCCCAACUUCAAAUUUGUCAAGGGUGACAUCGGAAGUGCAGAUCUAGUCAACUACCUCCUCAUAACCGAAUCUAUCGAUACCAUAAUGCACUUUGCUGCUCAAACCCAUGUUGACAACUCAUUUGGCAACAGCUUUGAGUUCACAAAGAACAACAUCUAUGGCACCCAUGUCCUUCUAGAAGCCUGCAAAGUCACUGGUCAAAUCAGACGAUUCAUCCAUGUCAGCACAGAUGAAGUGUAUGGUGAAACAGAGGAAGAUGCCAUUGUUGGAAACCAUGAAGCUUCUCAACUUCUUCCCACAAAUCCAUAUUCAGCCACAAAAGCAGGUGCAGAAAUGCUUGUAAUGGCUUAUGGUAGAUCAUACGGGUUACCUGUAAUCACCACAAGAGGAAACAAUGUCUAUGGCCCAAACCAAUUCCCAGAAAAACUAAUCCCUAAAUUCAUUCUCUUAGCCAUGAGAGGAAAACCACUUCCAAUUCAUGGAGAUGGAUCAAAUGUAAGGAGUUACCUCUACUGUGAAGAUGUAGCUGAAGCUUUUGAAGUCAUUCUUCACAAAGGUGAAGUUGGUCAUGUUUACAACAUAGGGACAAAAAGGGAAAGAAGAGUUAUCGAUGUUGCAAAAGACAUGUGCAAACUUUUCAACAUGGAUCCUGAUUCCAGCAUCAAGUUUGUUGAAAACAGACCAUUCAAUGAUCAAAGAUACUUUCUAGAUGAUGAGAAGCUAAAAAGCUUAGGGUGGUCUGAAAGGACAAUAUGGGAAGAAGGUUUAAAAAAAACAAUCGAAUGGUACACUAGUAACCCUAAUUGGUGGGGUGAUGUAUCAGGUGCACUUCUCCCUCAUCCAAGAAUGUUAAUGAUGCCAGGUGGCGUUGACCGACUUGUUGAUGGACCUGAAAACACCGAAUUCGAUACACCCCAUGAAGCAAACAACAAUUCCCAGAUCGGAAUCAGUGUUUCCGCCCCCAAAACAAGUUCCAAUUCCACCAAGAAACCUUCCUUGAAGUUCUUGAUUUAUGGUAAAACAGGUUGGAUUGGUGGAUUACUUGGAAAAAUCUGUCAAAAACAAGGGAUUCAAUAUGAAUAUGGAAAAGGGCGUUUGCAGGAUCGAUCACAGCUUUUGGCAGAUAUUCAAAGUGUUAAACCUACUCAUGUUUUCAAUGCUGCUGGUGUUACUGGAAGACCGAAUGUUGACUGGUGUGAAUCUCACAAGACAGAGACAAUUAGCACAAAUGUUUCAGGGACUCUUAAUCUGGCUGAUGUUUGUAGAGAACAUGGUUUGUUGAUGAUUAAUUUUGCUACUGGAUGUAUUUUUGAGUAUGAUUCUGCACAUCCCGAAGGUUCUGGAAUUGGUUUUAAGGAAGAAGAUAAACCAAAUUUCAUUGGCUCCUUUUAUUCCAAGACUAAGGCUAUGGUUGAAGAGCUUUUAAAAGAAUACGACAACGUAUGCACACUCCGAGUCCGAAUGCCAAUCUCCUCAGACCUCAACAACCCACGAAACUUCAUCACGAAAAUCUCUCGUUACAACAAAGUAGUCAACAUCCCCAACAGCAUGACAAUCCUUGAUGAACUCCUCCCAAUCUCAAUAGAAAUGGCCAAAAGAAACCUCAAAGGAAUAUGGAACUUCACAAACCCCGGUGUCAUAAGCCACAAUCAAAUCCUCCAAAUGUAUCAAAAUUACAUAAAUCCCGAAUUCAAAUGGCAAAAUUUCACCCUCCAAGAACAAGCUCUUGUCAUCGUGGCCCCACGUAGCAAUAACGAAUUGGAUGCUUCCAAAUUGAAGAAGGAGUUUCCCGAGUUGAUGUCCAUUCAGGAGUCCUUGAUCAAGUACGUCUUUGAACCUAAUAAGAAACAUUGACAAAAUCAUCAAUCAUUUUUUUUUUUAAAAAGAAAAUUUGUAAACUUGAGGCUUCUUUUAUGAAUCUUUAGGUAUUUUAUAUUCUUCGUGUUUUUGUGUUUCGUUAAAAAGUUUAGUUUUAUGAAUAUUUUCCCUUUAGAUUUCGUUAAAGAGAAACAAACGUAUGAUGUUAUUCUAGGAGGGUUGUAAUAUUGGAUUUUCUACAAGAUUUGUUAUGUUUCUUAUUAUUGAGUAAAAUACGUUUUGAGUUA